CAGUGAUGUUCAGUGAUGUGUGUAUAGAAUUCUCUCAGGAGGAGUGGGAAUGCCUGGACUCUGCUCAGAGGGACUUGUACAGAGAUGUGAUGUUGGAGAAUUACAGCAAUCUGGUUUCAAUGGGACUUUAUGUUCCUAAGCCUCAAGUGAUCUCCUUAUUGGAACAAGGGAAAGAGCCCUGGCUGGUUGGCAGAGAGCUGACAAGAGGCCUUUGUUCAGAUCUACAAUCAAUGUGUGAAACCAAGUUAUUAUCUCUAAAGAAGGAAGUUUAUGAAAUAGAAUCAUGCAAGAGGGAGAUAAUGGGACUUACAAGACAAAGCCUUGAGUACUCCAAUUUAAAAAAUGUUUUGAACUAUAGAAUCCACUUUGGAAGACAACUGGGAUAUUUCAGUCAAGAAAUACUCACUCAUGAACACAUACCCACAUUUAUUCAACACACAUUCCUUACUUUACAUCAAAUAAUUAACAAUGAAGAAAAACCUUAUGAAUGUAAGAAAUGUAGAAAGGCCUUUAGUCAGAACUCACAAUUUAUUCAACAUCAGAAAAUUCAUAUUGGUGGAAAAUCUUAUGAAUGUAAGGAGUGUGGAAAAUUCUUUAGCUGUGGUUCACAUGUUACUCGACAUUUGAAAAUUCAUACAGGUGAGAAACCCUUUCAAUGUAAGGAAUGUGGGAAGGCCUUCAGUUGUAACUCAUACCUUUCUCAACAUCAGAGAAUUCAUACUGGUAAGAAACCUUAUGAAUGUAAGGAAUGUGGAAAGGCCUUCAGUUAUUGUUCAAAUCUUAUUGACCAUCAGAGAAUUCACACUGGUGAGAAACCCUAUGAAUGUAAAGUAUGUGGUAAAGCCUUUACUAAGAGUUCACAACUUUUUCAGCAUUUGCGAAUUCAUACAGGUGAGAAACCCUAUGCAUGUAAGGAAUGUGGCAAAGCCUUUACUCAGAGUUCAAAGCUUGUUCAGCAUCAGAGAAUUCAUACUGGUGAGAAACCCUAUGAAUGCCAGGAAUGUGGCAAAGCCUUUAGUAGUGGUUCAGCACUUACUAAUCAUCAGAGAAUUCACACUGGUGAGAAACCUUAUGAUUGUAAGGAAUGUGGGAAGGCUUUUACUCAGAGCUCACAACUUCAUCAACAUCAGAGAAUUCAUGCUGGUGAGAAACCCUUUGUAUGUCUUCAAUGUGGGAAGGCCUUUACUCAGAAUUCACAACUUUUUCAACAUCAGAGAAUUCAUACAGAUGAAAAACCAUAUGAAUGUAAUGAAUGUGGAAAGUCCUUCAAUAAAUGUUCAAACCUUACUCGGCAUCUGAGAAUUCAUACUGGUGAAAAACCCUAUAACUGUAAGGAAUGUGGGAAGGCAUUUAGUAGUGGCUCAGAUCUCAUUCGUCAUCAAGGAGUUCAUAUUGAUGGAUGA